GCUGCAUCCAGACGUCCUGACUGUACUGUGAUAGAUGGUGGUACCGUAUAGCGGACAGUAGGGUAUCGUCCACAUUUAAGUAGGAUCUGGGACAUAUUUUUCCGAUUUGUCGCUCUCAACAGCGCUGACAAAGACAAACUACAGAUCAGGAGUAAUAACGAGCGACCUUAUGCGCUGGUAUGCCUAGAAAGAGAGAAGGGGGAGAGAGCACAUCAUCGUGAUAUCGGAGGAGUUCCCUCUCGUUGCAAACCAACAGCCGAUCGUGCCUUAGUUCUUCAGACCAGACGAGUCAAUACAAUGAAACCGCAGGACAACUUAAAUGAGAGGAGCAGCCAGUGGAUAUUCGGCUAUGGCUCAUUAGUCUGGAAACCAGAUUUCAAAUACAAAAGGAGCACAAUUGGUUACAUUAAGGGAUACAAACGAAGAUUCUGGCAUGGUGACGAUUUCCAUCGUGGGAACAAAGAGAAUCCAGGCAGAGUGGUCACACUAGUAGAAGAUCACGAUGCCUGCACAUGGGGAGUGGCCUACGAGGUCACCGAAUCCCAGAUUGCCGAGUCCCUGCGGUACUUGAACAUCAGAGAGGUCAUACUGGGUGGAUAUGUCACAGAGAUGGUGGAGUUCACCCCGAAAGAGAACAGCCAGAGCCCGCUUCUGGCCCUCGUCUAUAUCGCCACCUCUGAUAACCCCAUCUACCUUGGCCCCGCCCCGGACACUGAGAUUGCCGCCCAAAUCGCCAUCUGCAGGGGCAAAACGGGCCACAACAUCGAGUACCUCCUCCGCCUCGCAGAGUUCAUGAGGCGCUAUUGCCCUGAGGUGGAGGAUGACCACCUCUUCUCUAUAGAGGCAGCUGCCUUGACCCUCAUUCUGUGACCUAAAGGGGGGGGGGCGUACCAUGCAGGCCAGUGAUACUUCCUCAUGGGCUUUGUGUGAAAUACAAUGUAUGACACUCCACAUCCAAAAAAGGGGCGAUGGUGGCAGCACAAUUAAGCCGUGUUGUGUUUCGUGUAAUCCUAGCAUGUGUUUGUUUUGACUGAGAGCUCUUACAUACUUGCAAAAAAAAUCACUUGAGCCAUAUAUACACAACAGAUUUAAAGGUCACAAAACUAAAAAUCGGUUUCGUUUCCUCAUGCUCCUGUAUACAGUAUGUAUUUGAACAUAUUGUUUAGAUAGACUUUUCAUCAGCGUUACAUGAAAGAAUUUCAAAUAUGUAGGUCAUACACAGUACAUACACUACAUACUGCUGUCUACAGAAACCAAAGUUUGCAGGUUGACAUUUGUUUCUUGUCGUGCACACUAUGGUAAUGCUUUUUCUUUUGUACGUCAUGAUGUUUUAAACUUCAGUUACAAGAAGCUGUGGAAACCUGUUCAGAAAUGUACAGUUGAUAUUUUAUUUUGCAAAUCUAUUUUAAUAAUAUGAAUAAUAAUAAUAAAAAAUU